CGACAAACAUGGCGGACGAGCUUCAUGCAGCGCUGGAAGGAUUGUCGCUGUCAUCGGAAAAUGUGCACGAAGACAUCGACGACUUGCUCGACCAAGCCAAGCCACGAAAACGCAUUCGAAAGUCGCCUGAAGAAGUGAAGGCGGAUCUCGAACGUCAAUUCCUCACUCCAUCGACCUCAUUCAGUCCAGAAUGGCUAGACCGCCUACAGCAGCGAUGGGAGGCACCUACGAACUACAAUGAGCUGUUCGCACUUGGCCCAACUCAAACGAGGACGAUCAUCAGAUUCACGCGGGAAGGUCUCGAAGGACGUGUCACUGGAUACAAGGAAGUGACUGUGCCAGCCAACAGUGCAACUGCAAAGAACUCGACUUCACUUCUCCGCAAGCCAGCGAAUCGUGCCGACUUUGUUAGAGGCGCCGCAGGGUUCUACCCAUUUGCACCCGGCGGCCUUGAUGCCGUAGAAGCGACCGCCGCAUACGAAGACGAAUUCAUCCAGCAGCAGCAAGGCGCGGAAGAUGCCAAGAAAUCCAACAAGCUAGACAAGGUUAUCAACUUUGCAGCAGAGGGUGGCUUGCUCGAAGUCCCGCCGGGGUUUUCCAGAGGUUUGCGUGUCAACGAAAAGCCAAAGCAGGAUGACGAGGCUGCCAAGGAGGUCGAAGAAGUUCUCGAUGAGCAGUCUGAUGUUCCCGAGGCUUUUCAGAACGGAGUGCCGCUUCCAAAGGAGAAUGGAGAAGCUGAUGAAGGUGAUGAAGGUGAUGAGGAGGGCGAAGAAGAGCUCGAUGCACUCCUACCUGUGGAGUUCCCAGCUUUGGCUGCACAUGGUCCACUCGCAGUUGCGCGUAACAAGCAAGGCGGGCGAGAAUGGGCACAUAUGGUUGACGUUAAUCGCGACAUCACGAACUUCCGGGAACUUGUGCCUGAAAUGGCCCGAGAAUGGCCAUUCGAGCUGGACACUUUCCAGAAGGAGGCUGUCUACCACUUGGAGAACGGCGAUUCUGUCUUCGUUGCAGCUCACACAUCUGCCGGCAAGACUGUAGUCGCAGAAUAUGCCAUCGCGCUUGCAGCUAAGCACAUGACCAAGGCCAUUUACACUUCGCCGAUCAAAGCACUUAGCAACCAGAAGUUUCGAGACUUUAGACAGGAAUUUGAUGAUGUUGGCAUUCUGACUGGAGAUGUCCAGAUUAGGCCCGAAGCCAGCUGCCUGAUCAUGACGACAGAGAUUCUGCGAAGUAUGCUCUAUCGCGGAGCAGAUUUGGUACGAGACGUUGAGUUUGUCAUCUUUGAUGAGGUCCACUAUGUCAAUGACUCCGAGCGCGGUGUAGUAUGGGAGGAGGUCAUCAUCAUGUUGCCGGAGCAUGUCACCUUGAUCUGCCUAUCUGCAACUGUUCCAAACACUUACGAGUUCGCUUCAUGGGUGGGCCGAACCAAGAAGAAGGACAUAUAUGUCAUCUCCACACCCAAGCGUCCUGUACCGCUUGAGCACUACCUGUGGGCAGAUAAGAAGAUGUUCAAGAUUGUCGAUGCAAAUAAGAGCUUCAUUGAAAAGGGCUGGAAGGACGCCAACGAUGCCAUGAGUGGGCGAGACAAGAUCAUUGCAGCAGAGGCCAAAGCAAAGGAGAAGGAGGAAGCAGCAGUCGCAGCAGGCCGUGGUGGGCGCGGCGGACGAGGUGCUCAGCAAGGCCGUGGAGGCCAGCAAAGAGGUGGCGGCAACCAGCGCGGCGGACCACAGCAGCGUGGACGAGGUGCACCCGCAACUCGUGGCCAGGGCAACAUUGCCCGCACUGGACGAGGUGGAGGCCGUACGACUGCAGCGCAAGACAGAAACAUCUGGGUGCAUCUUGUACAGCACUUGAGGAAGGAGGAUCUACUACCAUGCACGAUCUUCGUCUUCUCGAAGAAGCGUUGUGAGGAGAAUGCAGAUGCGCUUUCAAAUCUGGACUUUUGCACAGCCGCUGAGAAGAGUGCUAUCCACAUGAUUCUGGAGAAAUCGCUGGCACGCCUGAAGCCGGACGAUCGUACAUUGCCUCAAAUCCGGAGAACUCGGGAACUGCUCUCGCGAGGAAUCGCAGUGCAUCAUGGUGGAAUGCUUCCGAUCGUGAAAGAAUGCGUCGAGAUUCUGUUCUCCAAGACUCUCGUCAAGGUCUUGUUCGCUACCGAGACUUUUGCUAUGGGACUGAACUUGCCAACCAGGACAGUCAUAUUUUCUGGCUUCCGCAAAUAUGACAACAAGUCUUUCCGAGAUCUCCUGCCUGGAGAGUACACGCAGAUGGCUGGCCGUGCUGGACGAAGAGGUCUCGAUACUGUUGGGUACGUCAUACUGGUCAGUCCUGGAGCAGAUGAAGCCCCUCCAGCUGGUCGUCUGCGGCAGAUGAUGCUGGGCGAGCCAACGAAGCUGAGGUCACAGUUCCGCCUGACCUACAACAUGAUUCUGAACUUGCUGCGCGUGGAGGCACUCAAGAUUGAAGAAAUGAUCAAGCGAUCAUUUUCUGAGAAUGCUACUCAAGCACUCCUGCCUGAGCACCAAAAGCAGAUCAAGUUGUCAGAAGCAGACCUCGAAAAAGUGGUUAGAGAGCCUUGCGACAUUUGUGACAAGGACAUUGAUGCAUGCCAGGCCGCUGCUGUCGAAUUCGAAAAGCUUACUGCCAGUCUUCAUCUGAUGAUGCUGUCCACACCUGUCGGUCGUCGCAUGUUUCAGCCUAAGCGCUUGAUCGUUUUCAAAGGACGCAAUGAUGUUCGCACAGCUGGCGUCUUGCUUCGGGACGGCGCUAGCAAAGGAUCUCCUCCAACAGUGCAAGUGCUGGAAGUGCUAUAUCGCAACCAGCGCAAGCGACAGGACGCAGACUUCUUACCUUUCCUACCCCGCUUUCGCCGUCGCUUCAUCGACCUUCCACAAUCAGAGAAUGAGAUGCAGCUGCGCACAGUCACGAUACCACUCGACAACAUCGAAGCCCUGACAGGAUCACACAUUCAAAUGGAUGUCAGUGGUGUCCUGCAACGCGACCCAGAAGCAUUAGCCAAAGCCAAAACAGAACUACUCACCACAUGCUCCUCCUGGACCUCCUCAACAUGGAACGAACUCGACUACUACAAAUACCUCAAAGACAUGAGCAUCCGCACCCUGCUCGACCAACGCUCCCAAGCAGCCACAAUCGCCUCCGACCGCGAAUGUAUUCACUGCCCCAACCUCCCCAAGCACUUCGCCAUGGCCCACGACCAAUGGCUCAUCCGCGACAAAAUCAACUCCAUCCGCCAACUAAUGUCCGACCAAAACCUCCAACUCCUCCCCGACUACGAGCAACGCAUUUCAGUCCUCAAAGACCUCGGAUUCAUCGACUCCAACUCUCGCGUAGAACUCAAAGGAAAAGUCGCAUGUGAGAUACAUUCAGCAGAUGAACUCGUCCUCACAGAACUCGUUCUCGAAAAUGUCUUGGCAGACUACGAACCAGAAGAAAUCGUCGCUUUACUCUCAUCUUUCGUGUUCCAAGAGAAGACAGACGCAGUCCCAAACUUAACUCCACAACUCGAAAAAGGUCAAGAAAUGAUUAUUUCCAUCGCGGAAAAAGUCAAUCAAUACCAAACACUCCAUCAAGUCAUUCUCUCAUCAGAUGAUAGCAACGACUUCGUCUCGAGACCAAGAUUCGGUCUUGUGGAAGUCGUAUACGAAUGGGCGAGAGGAAUGCCUUUCUCGAGGAUUACGGAUUUGACGGAUGUUUUGGAGGGGACGAUUGUGAGAGUCAUCACGAGGUUGGAUGAGACGUGUCGUGAAGUGAAGAAUGCGGCGAGGAUUAUUGGGGAUCCGACGUUGUUUACGAAGAUGCAGACGUGUCAGGAGUUGAUUAAGAGGGAUAUUUGUGCGACGGCGAGUUUGUAUAUGUAG